AUGGCCAUGACCUGCGCCGCGAACGUGCACCCGCUCGGCAAGACCUUCCCAGGCCAGCUGGGCAUCCACGCCGACAAGCACGACAAGGGAUUGAAAGACAUCGCAGACGCCAUUAGGAAGCACGGCGGCGUCUCAAGCGUCCAGAUCCACCAUGGCGGCGUGCGCGCGAAUCCAGACGCCUUGCUUCCGCCGAAUACCAUGGUCGGACUUGGCGAGGGCGAGAGACGCCAACCCGUUGGACCCUCUGCGUUUGCGCCAACGGGCGCAAGAGCUCUCGGGCUGGACGAGGUGGCUGCCGUGCGGGACGAGCAUAUCGGUGCUGCGGUGCGCGCGCAGAAGGCGGGGUUCGAUGGCGUGGAGGUCCACGGGGCGUUCGGGUGGCUGGUCAUGCAGUUCCUCUCGCCGGUGUAUAACGAGCGGACGGAUUGCUAUGGGGGGAGUGUGGAGAACCGCGCGCGGUUUCUCUUCGAGAUCCUCGACGGGAUCCGGCGGACAUGUCACCGCGACUUCCAGAUCGGGCUGCGGAUCUCGAUGGAGCGGUAUGGGGUUCCGCUGGCUGAUCUGAGGGCUGUUGUGGCGCGGGCUAUGAGGGAAGGGAAAAUCGAUUACCUUGACCUGGCGAUGUGGGAUUAUCGGAAGGUUGUGGACUCGAGUUUUGAACUUGGUCCUUCGGACAUGGAGUGGAAGGGCCGCACGCUUUUGAGUCUGUUUACGGAGAUUCCACGGCAUGGGGUCGCGGUUGGGGCCUCGGGCCAUGUGAUGAGUGCCCGGCAGGCGGUUGAGGUGCUCGAGGCAGGCUGUGACUUUGUGAUGCUGGGGAAGGGCGCGAUCUUGGAUCCGGACUUGCCCAGGAAGAUUAGGGAGGAAGGGGACUGGAGGGCGCCCGGGCUGCCGGUUACUGCGGGGUGGUUGAGGGAGAAUGCCCGGUUGAGUGAGAGGUUUAUUGACUAUAUGCGGACGUGGGAUGGAUUUGUGAGCGAUUAG